CAGUCGGGUGUAAAUGGACAGAAGGGGCCUUACACUGGUGGUCAGUGAAGAUUUACCUCCUUACGUUGGUGGUCAGUGAAGCGUUCUAUUACAUUGGUGAUCGUUGGAGUAAAGCCCCCUUAGAUUGGUGGUUGAUGGAAAAGAGCCUCAUUACAUUAAUGGUCAGUGGGAAUAAUGCUCCUUACAUUGAUGGUCAGUAGGAAGAAUGUCCCAUAUAUUGGUGGUUAUUGAGAGGAAUGCUCCUGACAUUGUUGGUCAGUGGAAAGAAUGGACUCCUUUGAUGGUCAGUGGGAAGAAUGCUCCUUAAAUGUGUGGUUAGUAGAAAGAAUGCUCCCGUUGGUGGUCAGUGGGAAGAAUUCUCCUUACAUUGGCGGUCAGUGUGAAGAAUGCCCCUUACAUUGGUGGUCAGUGGGAAGAAUGCCAAUUAGAUUGGUGAGAAGUGGA